CACCUUCCCAGUGUGUGCUCUACUCUUCACAUCUCCCCAUGUGAUCCUUGUUACAGAGGAACUAACUGGUGGAUCAGGAUGGCCUAAAAGUGAGCUGGACAAGCUCUUGAUGAUGGGCCUAAACAGCAGGUAGAAGACAUCUCCUCCUUUGCGCUGUGAAACAUGUAAACCAAGGCCAGAAGAACACAGAAGAUACCUUGUGGUUGGAUAUAUACAUAAUCAUGGCCCAAUCAAAGUCUAGUGGAUCCUAUUAUGCCCUCACUGCCAUCGGAGUAGGACUGUUGGUGCUUGGCGUAGUGAUGGCCGUAUGGAACUUGGUCCCAGGAUUUGGCAGCAAUGACAAACCUGGCCCAGCUCAAGGGAAUAGCAGCAAGCCGGAGAACCAUGGGGAAAUCAAUCUCAAGAGUAAGACUUUCUCUGUGGCCUACGUCUUGGUGGGUUCAGGUAUUGCACUUCUUUUGGUGGCAAUCUGCUUGAGCGUACGCAGCAAACGGAAACGGCACCUAAGCAUGGAUGAGACUGGGGUCGUCCCGCAGGAAGUGACAAGUCCUCGGGGUAAUGACGACAGCCAUGAAGAGCCCGAUUCCCCGCGGUAUUCCGCCCCCAGCUACGAGGAAGUGAUGAGAAUGGAAUACGAACCUCGACCAGUCUUAGACGCCGACGGAAACCAAAGGAUGAGCAUUUCCCUUCCGUCUUACGAGUCCCUGAAUGAACUUGAUGAGUCCACGCCAACCAGGCCCAAAGCCACCACCUCACCGGAACAGCCGCAAAGGACGAAUUCACGAUCGGUCAAAGAGAAAAAACCCCUGAACGUCAGAAGGAUUAAAUCUGACAAACUUCACCUGAAGGAGUUCAGACUUAACCUGUCAGGUCGUAAAAACCUAGCCGAAACCCAAAAGAUCGAACCUAUAACGCCACCACCGCAAUAUGAAGAUAAACAGAUCGUGCCUAACCAGCCUGUGUAGACUUUGUUGCUGUGAAUGAAAAUAGUGGGUAGUUCAUUUUCAAAGAAUUCUUUUUUUUUUUUUUUUUACUGGUAUUUUUUAAUAUUGACCUUCUUUUUUUUUUUUUUAAAUUGGGCAUUGCCUAAAUGUAUUCUGUUUUGUGACUGACGGGGCUCCUCGCUGACGAUACUUUAGCUGUAGGCUCGGUGAAAUUGCCCUUGUGCUUCUAUAUUAGAAAUCUGAUUAGGGGAUAUUGGGAAAAAUCC